AUGGUGGAGGAAGGCGACAGUGAUGGAGAGAGGUUGGCGGAGGGACGCGAGUUCGGCUGUGACGCGACGAUAGCGGAGGGACGCAAGUCUGACUGUGACGCGACAGCAGGAAGGCGACAUUGCAGCCAUGACGAGAUAAUUGGAUGCACAGAGGUAAUCGAAGAAAAUAAUGUUGUUGAUGAGUUGGCUAAUUGUGGUUGGAAGCCGAAAUUGGGCAUGUCAUUUGACUCUGAACAAGCUGUAUAUGAUUUUUAUAAUACCUAUAGCGGAAAGGUGGGCUUUAGUAUUAGGAAGCUAUAUGUACACAAGAACAAACAUACUAAGGAAAUAACUUCACGGACUCUUGUAUGUUACAAAGAGGGAACUCGGGGUAUUGACAAGAGAGAUCCACUAGUAAAAUUUCCGAGACAAGAGGUGAGGUGUGGUUGUGGUGCUCGACUUAGUUUCAAGUUAGAUAGAAAUUUAGGAAAAUAUGUUGCCAUUGAUUUUGUUGAACAUCAUAAUCAUGAUCUUGUGCCUCAAGAGUGCAUUCAUAUGUUGCCAUUCCAAAGAAAAAUAUCUACCACCCAAGCAAUUGAAGUAGAAUUGGCUUCAGAAUCUGAAAUUCCUCUUAGGUCUGCUUAUGAGCUAUUUGGUAGGGAAUCUGGUAGAAGAUCAUCACUUGGCUUCACCAAAUUGGACCAAAAAAAUUACUUGAGAUCGAAGAGGCAAAAAGAUUUGGAAUAUGGAGAAGCGGGUAGUGUGUUGCAAUACUUUCAUAAGAAAACUUUGGAAAAUCCAUCAUUUUAUUAUGCAGUCCAAUUAGAUUAUGAAGAGCAAAUAAGUAACAUAUUUUGGGCCGAUGCACAAAUGAUAAUGGACUAUGCUCAAUUUGGUGAUGUGGUGACCUUUGACACUACUUACAAAUUAAAUAACGAACAUAGACCUUUUGGAACAUUUGUUGGAUUUAAUCAUCAUCGAGAAACAGUUAUAUUCGGUGCAGCGUUGAUGUAUGAUGAGACUGCCGAAUCAUUCACAUGGUUGUUUCAGAUUUUUUUGAAGCAUGUGAGUUCCCUCUUUGAAGAUGUUGGGGUGAAGGGUGUGUUUUCAAAAUUUAUGCAUCAAAUUGAUGAUGAUGAAGAAUUCAAAGUACAAUGGGACCAAAUGCUUGAUAGAUAUGAUGCACACAACAAUCAUUGGUUGGAGCAAACUUUUGGUGUGAAUGAGAAAUGGGGAUGGCCAUAUAUUAUGAAUUCUUGGGCAGCUGGAAUGAGUACUACUCAACUAAGUGAAUCAUUCAAUGCAUUUUUGAAGGAUUAUCUCAAUUGUGAUCAUAACUUGAUGGAAUUUUUCAAGCAUUUUGAGAGGGUGCUCUAUGACAAAAGGUAUAAAGAAUUGGAAGCCGAGUAUAAUUUGUGUCAAAAAUUGCCAAGGGUUUCCAUUCCAACUGUGAUGUUAAAGCAAAUGGCAGAUAUUUACACCAAAAUAAUUUUUGAGGAAUUCCAAAAUGAGUACAUACAGUCCAUUGAAGCGUCCAUUGUAGGCACUAUUCAUGAUGGUGAGAGUACCAUAUUCACAAUUCAAACGGAUGUAGAUGAAAAAAAAGAUAAGAAUGUGACAAUGGAUAGAGAUGGUUUUUUGAGUUGUAGUUGCAAGAAGUUUGAAGUGAAGGGCAUAGUGUGUCAACAUUGUUUAAAGGUACUUAAAGAGAUAAUCAAUGCAAAGGACCUUUCUGCACAAUACAUACUCAAACGAUGGACUAAAAAAGCAAGGACUGAAAGUGUGAAAGAUAGGCGUGGGUAUGAUGUCAAGGCUGAUGUGAAACUACAUCAAAGCGACCGAUAUAGGUCAUUGAUGAAUAUGUUUAGAGCAAUAGCAAGUAGAGCCGUCGAAAGUGAAGAAACUUAUCAUUUGUUACUUACAAAAGGUGAAGAAAGGUACUUAAAGAGAUAA